CUGGCAGUUAAGACAGUACCUGUGUAUUGGAGCAGCUUUCUUCUGAGCUGUGUCUCACUGCCCUAGUCUGGCAGGGGCUCUUGACAAUCGCGUUACUUACCUCUCGGUCUCCAUCUGGCUUGUGCAAUAAUGUGAGAGUGUGGCAUGUUUAGGUGCCCUACUCCAAAGGGAUGUCAGGAGUUCCUAAAUUAUUCAGAUUUGGGGGGGGUCCUUCUGCGGUGGGGGGAGAGAGAUGAGAUGACUUGCUUUUAAUCUGUCCCUUCUGUUGGAAAAAUAUCUUUAAGUCAACAGCUGUAGUUUGUUUAGCAUUGAUAUUGUACCUAUGUUCUCCAGAAACUGACCUGUCAUAUUUGCUUGUUAGAGGUUAAUUAUUUUAUGUUGCUGUAAUGUCUGUAGAGUCUUAAUAUAGGUUUGGGAUCUCCCACUUUGCUCAGCUCCAUACUUGAACAAAAAGACAGCCACCACCUUAGGGAACUUUCAGUCUAGGCCUACAAGAGGGGCAAAAGAUGCAUGUGGAAGUAGGAGUACAAGAAAAGUGCUGGUACUGACCAUCAUGCUGGGCUGUGACUGCAGUCUACAACUACACUAUGGCUUGCUAGUUAAGCUGGAGACAAGUCUUCUUUUUUUUUUGUCUCCAGGCUUUGUGCCAGAAGAGUAUUGUGGAUAGAUGCGGAAGAUAAUUGGAGAAACUACAGACUGCAAGCUAUCAUUUAGAGUCCUAUUUCCUUAUCCAUGGUUUCAUAUGAACUGUUUGCCCAUCAUGACUCUGCAUGUCCUGUACCUAAGCUGAUAUGCAUCUAUGCACUUUAAUCUCAAGUUUAUGCCACUCUGCUAAUAGUGUGAGCUGUGCCUUGAACCUUGGAUAUAAAUAUCUACAAGCCAAAGUCUUGUUCCUGCCUUAGUAAUGUUCCAGAGGUUAAACAGCAUGUUCAUGGGAGAGAUUGAUGGCUUGUCCAGCCAGGAGCCUGAGUUCAGUGAGAAAGAAGAUGAAGAAUGGAUUCUGGUUGAUUUUAUAACAGACACUUGCACUAAUUGCUCCACGGAGGAAGCGGACAUCACUGAAACAUCAGCUGCAGACAGCUCACCGGUCUUCUCUUGUUUACCAGCUCCCUUGGAACACUUGCCAGAGGCUAAUGAGUCCUGUUUCAUCCAGUUUGAUUCAUGUCCAAUGGAGGAGAGCUGGUUUAUUACCCCUCCUCCAUGUUUUACUGCAGGUGGAUUAACCACUAUCAAAGUGGAAACCAGUCCUAUGGAGAACCUCCUGAUAGAGCAUCCCAGCAUGUCAGUGUAUGCUGUCCAUAAUACCUGUCACAGCCUUAAUGAGACUAGCUGUGGAAAUGAGGAGUUUCACAGUCCAGGUAGUCCCAGAAUGGAGGCCCGAAAUGAAAUGGGACAGCAUGUUCACUGCUAUGUUGCAGCUCUUGCUACUCGUUCAAGUUUUCUGGAAAAAAAUAAGAGCUUUCGUCCUUCCCACUGGAUAAAGGAACAUAAUGAAAGACACUGUCUCAACAGAAACAGUUUCCGUCGCCAUAAUCUCACCAGGGAUUGCCACUCUCGGCAAAUCAAGCACAAUGGACUGUUUGUUCACCAGCCUUGCCAGCGUCAGUUCAAUUACUGAUGGCUCUCAUGGUUUUAAUCUAUGGUUUAAUUUUUUUAGGUUGCUCUUGUUUUUGUGCGUAGAUAAGUGUGGUCGAUCUGAAGCUGAUCAUCAGUUCCUCAAACACAAUCAGAACUAGUGUUACACUUGUUCAAAACAACACCUACAUUGUGCUGUACGUCCUAAAUGGUGAUGUUAAAUGUCAAUGUCUUGGAAGCCUAUCAGUACAAUUUGUGUGUUGUUUUAUAAACUAUGAUGUAUAGAUGGGUUUUAGCUGGUAUUUUAAAGAAACUUUUAACAGAUGGAAAAUCAGUUACACUUUGCAUUAAUCAAAAGGAGUUAGAAAAUUUGAGGUUAGCCGUAUGCUUUAAUGACCAUACUUGACAGCUUGUCUAUCUAUAUUUAGCAUAUUAUUCACUCUGAGAAAAUACUAUAGCUGCCAAUGGAUGUUACAUAGCUAUGCUGAGCUGUUACAAGAAGGACAUCUAAUCUACAUUGCCUAGUACCCACUUGUGUUAAAAGUGGAGUCAGUAGGUGUGUUGGAUACUUCAUAUGGGUAUCAGAAAAGGGUUAAAUGUCCCCCAAUAUUUCUGCAGUACAACAUGACAUUGGUGUUACAGAUGUAGUACCUCACAGUGGAGUGAAAGGAAAAAUAGACCUAUGGGUUAAGUCUCUCUGUAAUCCAGAGAGACAAACUGUAUUUUAUCUGGUACAGUUCGAGUUCUUUUAAUGCCUCUUUUCCUCUCCAUCUUUGAAAAAAGAUUUAAAAAAACCUACAAUGUUCUGUUUAAUCUCUAGUCCAGUUAAGGAAGAAAGGGAUGGAUCAACUGUUUUUAAUCCUGUUAGUAGCUGACCACUCUUUAAAGAAGUUUAACAGAUGGAUGGCUACUUCUGAGCUGCUAACUGCUGUUAGAUUGUCAUCUUUUUCCAGGCUGAGAGUUGCUCACUAGAAGGAAGACUAUCAGAAGUUCUCCUAAUUCUGUCUCAGCUAAAAUAAUGAAGUCUGAGUUAAGUUACUGGGAAUAAAGGGCAGUCAGUGGCAGGGAAAAGCAUACUGAAAAACAGUCUUAGAGGACUAAAUGCAGUGAUACCUGAAUUUUUAUACAUGCUGUUAUAUCAGCAGUAGUUGUUUUCCUGUUCAGUCUCGGGAGUUUGGGGAUGGGGGAGGGAUUGAAUAGAAAUUCUGUAGGCCAAUAGGAAAGAAGCUUUUUUCUUAAUACUGUGCAAGAUCUUUUUGAAGUAGGCAGGUGCUCAGAAGGUAAAAUUUCAGCAGUUAACAAAGAGUGCAUAUAUUAUGAAGCAGCUUCAUGAUAUACUGAACCCUGAUGGAUCGAUCAGGGAACUAGAUUAAACGGUUACAGAGGGAAGGAAGCAGAAAGAUAGCCACAGAAGAAAGGUGGUGGUGGUGGGGAAAUAAGUAUGUUUAUUCAGUUUCCCUUUCUAUCCAUGCUUAACAUAUGACUUACUGUUUUCCUGCAUUUAGUUCCUAGAGUGUUAAAGUAUUAUUACAUUCAACCAUGUCUUCCAGUAGUCCUUAUACAGAAGCUGGUAUAAGGAGUCAGGUAGGAAGCCUUUGAAAUUGGGCAAGAUCAAUAAUUAUUCUAGAUGUAUGAUAUGUUUCUCAAUUUGGUCAAAUGUUUUAAUUUCACUGAAGCAAAAGCCCAGCAACUGUGAAUUAAUCUUGAUGUAGGUAGCUUUGCACAUACUGCACCUGGAAUCCUUGUGGAGCAUACUUAAUGUACAGAAAAUAGCACUUACAUCCCUGCAGAUGCGCUACCUUCCUGGGUUUAGAUAGGAUUAUGGCAAAUGGAUGUUGACAUAGUUAAUGUGUAAGACCAAGUGGUGCUUUCCUGGGCACAAUAGUCUUUUUUUUUAAAGACCUGUUGAAUGCAGACUCAUGUGGACAGUGAAAGAAAACAAAAUUGGCUUAACUGAGUUUCCAAAAUAGGGAUUUUGUUGAUAUUCUUUUCAGCAGCAGGUACCUGUGUUCAUACAGCAAUUCUUCUGUGGUCCAAAUACUCUGGCUCAUUUAUCUGCAAGUAGCUGUAGUUUCACCAGUCCUUCAUCCAUUCACCAAUGCGAAUACUUUUACUUGCCUCAGAUUAUCUUCCUUUAUCACUCCAACUUUUUGUCCAACUUAAAUUUCUUUCUCCUCACUGCCAACUUUCUAGCUCAGGAAAAUUCUAUACUCUCCUGUUUUAUUUUUCUUAUAUAAGUAGCUACUUUCCUUCAGCUUUAGUUUUCUUAAAGUUAAAUGAAGGAAGAUGGAAGCUCUACCUCCCUGUAUUGGAAGGAAUAAGUAAUCUUUUAACUUUUAAUGGGGAGAUGGAGCUGAGAGUAUGAGGCUCCCAGGUAUUAAAAUGAGAGUCUUGGUCUGUGUGUGUUUUUGUUUUUUUUAAGUAGGCAAGUAAAUGCAACUUUAGACUGCUCCUAGAAUUGGGAGUUACUGAUCUUUUUAUACUGCAUUACUAGAUAACUUUCUGGUGAUGAAAGCCUAUAUCUUUCAGGAUAUAAACUGCUUUGUUGCACAAAGCUGUGCUUCUCAAUUUGUAAUAUUGGAAACCAUAUUACUGUGUGAGAUAGAGUACUGCAUCAAUGGCUUUUUGUUAAUUUGUUUUGGAUAUUUAUGUUGGUCUAGCCCCACUUUGUGCCUGGAGCUGUUGGGCGAUUAGAUUUGUUUCGGUUUUCUGUGUUAAUAGUGAGCUGUGUGGCUUUUUGUAUGGUUUUGAAUUGUAUUAAGAUGUAUUUGUUUUUUCUCUUGUAAAAGUGGAGGCCUUGCACUGUCUCAGAUACUGAUUGAUACUCAUGAAUCUUGCUGAAACUGUGUUUUCAUAUGUAUUGGUCAAUGGACAGAUUUGCAUUUUAAACAAAACUGUGCCUUCUAGGUGUAACUUUACACAGCAAACUUGAAGAUUCAAAAGGGACGUUUCAGUUAGGAUUAAUACUGUACAUUCAGACUAUGCAUAUAUGGCAGCUUCUUUUCAGAGCCACUUCUCUAUUUGUAGUAGUUCUUUUGAUAUGGAAGAAUACCUGGCUCUUACUUUUAAUAGUUUAAUACAAGCUGAGAAAUGACAAAAUACAGCACUUUGCCAAAAAGUAGCAUUGUUUAACCAGUGUGUAUUCACUAAAGUGAUCUUCUGUAUUUUGUUUUCAUGGUGCAUCACGCACACCAUGGGGAAUCAUUAUGAUCUUAACUCUCAAUAAAAAUGGCCUAUUUAAAAACUGAA